GAACUCGCCGUCAUCAACGUCGAGGAUGAACCCUUCGCUUCGACGAUCCUCAACAUGUUUGUCGUCAAUCCUGAAUAGGUGGGCUAGAAUACAGAGCGAACCAUGCUGGACGGCUGCCGUGUGGAUGAGUCACCGACAGUUUUCGUCCAGUCCGUGUAAACGGGCAAAGCAGCAGGACCACUAUGCAAUUCUUUCGGUUCCUAGAACUGCUACAAAGGCUCAGAUAAAGACAAGGUUCUAUCAGCUGAGCAAAAUGUAUCAUCCAGAUGUUGCCGGAGACACUGCUUCAGGAAGCAAGUUUCAAGCUGUAAGCGAGGCCUACUCCAUCUUGAGUGACGAUCGAAAACGACGGGAGUACGAUCGAAGUUUAGGCUCCUCUUCGUCUACAUUUGGAUCACAUCAUCCACAAGCAACGACGACCCGACCUUCACAACAGCGUGGUUCACGGAGCUUCUGGGUACAACAGCAUUGGCGAUCUAGAGCCCAUGGGACACAUGAACGACAUCCAUCAUCGUCUGGAGCGCACCAGCAGCCGAAGUCCGGUCAGGAUCGCAGUACUCCCAAUCCGUUCCAUAGUCCGCAUGUGCAACGUGCCACAGGGUGGAAAGCUACCGAAUCAAGUUCGAGGACGUCAUCACAUGGCCAUUAUAGUGGCACCGGGUUGGGUAGCGUGCCUCUAGAUGAGCCUCCAGGAGGACAUAGUGGGUUGUAUGGUGCAAAUGCGAGUUUGGACAGGGAUCGGGUCAGAGCAGGACCCCCUGGGCCGAGUCAUGCUGGGGCAAUGGAUGUACUUGCGAGGCUCGGUGGCCUUGUGACACUGUGUUCGUUUGUAUUGUACGUCGCUGGAGUGUUGAGCGACCGUAAUUAAAGGACUUGUCUGCAAAUUAUUCCUAGA